UCUAACAGGUGGAGCUCUUGAGAGGUAGUGAGAGGAGGAGAGCUCAAUAGCUCAGUUCCUGGAUGGGAUCAUAACCCUGAGUGCUGGCCAAGAGAAGAGCCGCUUCUCCUCACGUCCAGAGUUGCUGCUGCAGGGUGGAGUUUCUCCCAGGAUAACAAAACUCACUCGAACCCCACCAUGGCUGACCGUAAGGUGGCCCCGGUUGCGGUUGCGCUUCUCGUCCUGGUCGCGCCAGCCCUGAGCGGAUGCCCAAGCGCCUGCCGCUGCUCCUUCGCCAUGCUUCAGUGCCUGGAGCCGGACGGAAUCAGCAGCAUCCCCGCGCUGGCGGCGCAGGAGAGCGAAAACGUCACUGAAAUAUACAUAGAGGGUCAAACCAACCUGGAGAACAUCACAGAUGUAGACCUCCCCAACUACAGAGAACUGAAGAACCUGACGGUCACAUAUUGUGGGUUGCUGUACAUCUCCGAAAAUGCCUUCCAGCAUAAUUUCAAGCUGCAGUAUGUAAACCUGGCCUUUAAUUAUCUGGCGCACAUCAGUUGGAGAGUGUUCCAAUCAGUCCCUCUGUUGAGUCUAGUCUUGAGGGACAAUUCGCUCACCUGCUCGUGUGACAUUUACUGGCUUCAGCAGUGGCACAGAAAAAGACAAAGUGACGCUGAUUCUCAACAAACCUGCAUCCACAACGGCAACAGCAUUCAGCUGGAUUCAUUUGAAAUGGAUAACUGCAGUAUUCCCGAGGUCACAAUUCACCCCUCAACACUGACCACUCAAGAAGGUGGAAAUCUGACAUUCACCUGUCUGGUGACAGGAGUACCAACACCGGUGAUCCGCUGGAGAACAGAGCACCUACAGUCCAACUGGACCCUGCAGCGAGGAAUCUGGGGAUCAAGCCUGGAGCUGAUUCUGUACAUGAGGAACGUUUCUUCUGGAGACAACCUGCACAACCUCACCUGUGAGGCGGAGAACCGGGCAGGAAUGGGAGAAGCCGUGGUGCAGCUGGACAUUGAAUUUCCAGUGCGGAUCUUGUUUCUAAAGGACCCAGAGCCGCAACAUCACUGGUGUUUCCCAUUCGCUGUGGACAGCAAUCCUCCCGCCAGCAUCAGAUGGCUGUACAACAACCUGCCUCUCAUUGAAACACGUUACUCCUACACCGAACUCAUCCGAGAUGACGGCUCCAUUCAAUACGGCUGUCUGUUCCUCAACAAGCCCACGCACCUCAACAAUGGCAACUACACGCUCAUCGUGGAGAACAAACUGGGCAGAGACCAGGCUACAUGCUACGGGAAGUUCAUGGACAAUCCUUUUGACCCCUCUGACCCGGAGGGCAUCAUUCCUGCACUGAUAAAAGUGUUUCGCUUGAUUUACUUAAAAAAUAUGAUGAAUUUUUUUGCAUAAUUAUAUAUCGUAGUUGAAACAAGACUAGUCUUUGUACAAACUACAUAAUUUUACGGUUUGUUGAAAUAAAAUUUGCACAUAAAGUUAACUUAA